GGACGUAAAUCCCCCGGCGUACCUCUCCUCACUCUAGGCUCUUUGCAAAUAGCGGGCGCUGUCGUGGCCUUACUACUUCCCGAGACAAUCCACCAAAAGGCGCUGCAGACGUUACAAGAUGGUGAAGAGUUUGGAAAACGGAGGACUUGGAACGAUUGUUUUCGCAUCGGACCGCCUAAGCAAGAAGCCAAGAAUGGUAUUCUGAAGAACAGAGGCCCACAACCGCAGUCACCUAUCCUAAGUUUACUUCGUCGUCAAGACAGUCUCCGGCGGGCCAGUUCUGAAGGUGAGACAGAACAUUCAGACCCCCAGUCUGAGAGUUCCACUGACCAAGGACCUGUGGUUGAAACUGUUAAAAUUACAGUAGUUUAGUGGACAGCUUUCGUUAAAAAGACAGGAAAGAACUGAGCAGUUUAGAAUUAUAUGAAUUUUAUCGGAGAUGAUGAUGACUACAUAUAUAUAUAUCUAUACUUUCGAGGUAUUGAAGACUAUUCAACUUUUAACGCUUUGUAACUGGAAAAGAAGAAAUAUUAAUUCAUUAACCAAAGAAGACCGUUGAGUUAUUUUAUGAUUGGUAUUUCAUUGAACAAAUUCUAGCGGGAAAUAGUGAGUUUAUACAAUAUUUUAUCAACAUCUUUUUGAUUAGCGUAUCGAAAUUUUUUUAGGUACUCCAAAAGUCAAUGUAUACGUUUGUGAAAAUCGUUAAUUAAAAAAAAAUUCAAAUAUAUUAUUAAUGAUUGAUUUUUAUACAAUUAAUAAAAUAUAAAUGUGUAAUAUUUCUUAUGGCUAAUUAAUUUUUAAAUCAUUUUUAAGACCUACAAUUCAAGCCAAACUCUUGUUGUAGCAAAAUUUAGUUGGUUAAUUGAGUUAAGGCAGCUGCUGCGGAAAAUUUCGGCUUGAAAAUAAUAUCUUCUGUAAGUAAGCUUUAGCAGAAACUGGCUCAAACUCACGUUCUGUGCUUGCUGAAUGCUACAAAACCAAUGUCCAGCCAGCCGGUCAGGUGACAUUGGAAUCUGGGUUGAAUUACCAGAAUUAAACAGACAUUUCUACUGAGACAUUGAAGAAUCUUUGGAAUAAAGAAACUAUACAAGUUAUCUGGCCGUUUCAUUGAAUCGGUAAUUAGAAGAAAGAAGCGAAUACAAAAUUGAAAGCUUUAUUUUUU